AGUGAGGCGAAACGUUGGACUCCGCGCGGGAGUCUCGUGGCCGCCCGCCUUUUCUUUUAAGUCGGGGUGCCUUUUUCCUUACACCCACCCCCGGCCCUCUUUUCGUCGCCCUCGCAGAUCUACGGACCCAUCGUCGCUCUAUUUUCAAAGCACGCGAAUACCUCGCUCCGACUCAUCGCCGUGAUCGUUUCGCGUACGAUCUCGUCACGGUUCGUUCUUCUGGUUCCGUUUCUUUUCUUCCGAUCUCUUUUUUUUUUUGCUUUGGUCUCAUCGGUUCGCCAUGAGAUUAGCCGUGGAGAGAUGGUCCGGGAUGCGAUUUGCAGGCUGAUUGCAUCGCAUUUGCAAGAGCACGCACAGAAGGGAAACUAGAGGGAAAAAGAGGAGAGAGAAACGGAGAAGGGGAUAAAGACGGGAUACUCGAAACGGGACGGUGAUACUCGCGGAAACACCGCGAACGGCAGUUCGCUGCGGUACCGAAGGAUCGUAGCAAGAAGACCGGUGGUGCGUGACCUCCGGCUCUAGCCACAUGAUACCGUGUUCGGUGCGUGCACGAUCUCGUUACGGUUCUUUCAACAAGAAGAGGAUAUCGUGCGUUUCCCUGGUGAUCAUUGCGACGUAUUGGUGGUAUCGGUGGGUCGGUGCCGGUGUCGUUUGUCGCGGCAAUAUAAUUCGGCGCUCGGUGGUAAAAAAGCAAGAAUCGCGUUUCGUUUAGUGGCUGUUCGAUGUCCCGAGUGAACGAAGAAAGGGAGAGGUGCAACGUGAUCCGGUAGCGAGUCGCGACGUUGCCAAUGUCAAUGUUAACAGUGCUUGGAAGACGGUCACGGUGAUAUCGUUGUUGUACAUACAUGUAUUUACGUCUAUGUGUUCCCCUUGGCUCGACAACAGAACGGUUGCACGAGUGGAUAUAAAGAGUGUGAGAGGUAAAAAACGAAGAAAACAAGGUGCCACGAGCGUAGCACCGAAGGGCGGAGAACAGUGAGACUUUUGUUAGGGUAUUCGGAGGAAUGGUCGCGAUCGAAGAGUUCGGGUGGAUCGAGGAGGAUCGAGAGGUCGAAACGAUUCGAUUUCUUGAAAGCAGAGGAACAGAGGUGCCGCGUGUGCUUCUCUUGCCCGCGACCUCUCUCACGCACCGCCAAUGCGGCUGAGAUCGCGCGAUCUCAUUGGCUGCAAUCGUGCCGUGGUGUCGGCGAUGGAUGGCAGUGGUUCGGUCGAGGCGAGCAACGGGCAUCGUCGCAACUAAUCGGCAGUAAACUCGCGCGGAAAUGUCGAUCCGAGUCGAGAGGCGGAGGAAGAUCGAAAUCGAGCUUGUGCGUGGCUACGUAUCUUCGUCGUGGAGAACAACGACCGUGCGGCUGGCUUCGGGCCAACACAAAUCUAGCUAAAGGGUGAACGUGAAAACCAGGUGGAAGUGGAAGGUGGAAAAACAGAAGGCAGAGAAAGGGAAGACAGACAGGAAGUAAGGAAAGAAGACCGAAGCUGCUGACGGAGACGUUUCGUAGUGAAAUAUUCGUGCUUUUGAUUAUAUUCUCGUGUGCGGUGCAAGAUGCGCUCGCGACGCCGUGACGGCGGCUGAAGGACGAAGAAACCGAGUGGCUCGUACAGCAGCCCUCGAUUCCAUCUGCCGACUCUCUGUUUCUUUUCGUUUUCCACGUCAACGAGACGCCGCACCACUCAGUAUUCUUCCUCGCUUCGUCGCUUAUCUGUUCGGCUUCACCGAUUCGCCGCUCGACAAAGCGAAGACCAGGGAAAAGAGGUGAAAAAAAAAACCUGAGGCGACACGGAGCCACGAAGUAACGUAGGAUUGGAAAAGGAAGGGAGGCGGAAGGGAAGAGGGAACGAGGCGAAGCCGAGAGCUAGCAAGUGGAAAAAGAGAAGAAAAGGAGUGAAACACGAAGGAAGGUAUCGUCGGAGGAAAGCUACACCAAUAGCAGAAGCAAUCGAAUAGAGAAACGACUAGGUGGUUCGACAACGAGCUUUUUCGUUCGUGGAAUGUGGAUCAGGCAAAUGUGGUGCGGGGCCGAAAAAGCCUUGUGAAGAAACUAAGGAUUAGAUGGUGGAGGUGCUGGAGAGGCAGGCUAGGGAGCCUACGGGGCCGAUCAAGGCACCUCGCACCUACCCAGGGCCUGGCAGCCCUGCGAACCGCGUCCUCGCUAGAGUGCACUCGCAACCGCGUCGGCGGCUGCGUCUCUCCUACGUUCUUUUCCACCAUGAUUUCUUAAUUUCAAGGCUGUUCGCUCUUCUUACCGAUUGUUAUUCGCCGCGGCAGCAGGCCAAAGCAGGCGAAGCGGCGCAGCUUGCUUCCAAUUUGCUAUCCGUCGAGGACAUUGGUCGCGCGGACCUCUUCGGCCUGCAGAGGAGGCUGGAGAUCGAGGUCGAGGCGCGCGGCGCCGCAAGUGCAGUUGUCGGCGGCGGAUACGAGCACGCGGAACGCUCGAAUUUUGAACGCGGCGGUGGCGUAUCGGAUCGGCUACGGAUCGAGAAAAGGUUCUGCGAGCAGAACAAGGUGACAAGGGGGGAGGAUAAGUGGUGGUGGGAGAAAGUGGUGCCGCAGAAGAGAGCAGUGGUUUUGGCCAGGCUAGAGAAUCGUGCGGAGCCCAGGAAGGGCUCCUUAGGAAGGAGCGAGACUGGCGAGCGCAAUGUGGCAAAGCGGCGGCAUGGGCGCCCAUGCGGCCAACAAUCCAUGGAUGAAAUUAAUGGGCAUUGUCCACAAGGAGAGGAGGCAUCACGAUUCGGGCUCUGCCGCUGCCGCCGCUUCCGGUGUUCAGGGCUCUGCGACUACUGGCAGCAACGACCGGACGCUCAAUCAAGGACUCACCGCUGCGGACUGCCCCCUCUGCGAAAAAGCGAGAAAGAGGCCGCCUCCAUGCAACAUGCAGAUGAUCCUGGUUGCUGGCGGAUCGCUGCCGAAACUCAGCAGCCAAGACGAGGAUGGGCCGAACCCACACACCCAAUACACAGGCGUCACGCAGUUCGAGCCCAUACCGCACGAUCAUGACUUUUGCGAGAGGGUCGUCAUUAACGUGAGCGGGCUACGGUUUGAGACGCAGCUGCGUACGCUGAACCAAUUUCCGGACACGCUGCUUGGCGAUCCGCAUCGACGAAUCCGAUACUUUGAUCCGCUUCGCAACGAGUACUUCUUCGACCGAAAUCGGCCCUCCUUUGACGCGAUACUUUACUACUACCAGAGCGGUGGCAGGCUGCGUCGCCCGGUCAACGUUCCUCUCGAUGUCUUCUCCGAGGAAAUCAAGUUCUACGAGCUGGGCGAGCUGGCCACCAACAAGUUCAGGGAGGACGAAGGGUUCAUCAAGGAAGAGGAGAAACCGCUGCCAUCGCAUGAGUUGCAGAGGAAGGUUUGGCUGUUGUUCGAGUACCCGGAAAGCUCGCAAGGCGCCCGGGUAGUCGCCAUAAUAUCCGUGAUCGUGAUCCUCCUGUCGAUCGUGAUAUUCUGCUUAGAGACCCUGCCGGAAUUCAAGCACUACAAGGUCUUCAACACAACAACGAACGGCACGAAGAUCGAGGAGGACGAAGUGCCGGACAUAACCGACCCGUUCUUCCUAAUAGAGACUAUUUGUAUCAUCUGGUUCACGUUCGAGUUAUCGGUGCGCUUCCUCGCCUGUCCAAAUAAGCUGAACUUCUUCCGUGAUGUAAUGAAUUUCAUCGAUAUCAUCGCCAUCAUUCCGUAUUUUAUCACGCUUGGUACCGUGAUGGCCGAGGAGGAGGAAAUGCCUGAUGAACCAAAGGCGCCGGUAAGCCCGCAGGACAAGAGUACGAACCAGGCGAUGUCCCUGGCGAUACUCAGAGUGAUCAGGCUCGUCAGAGUGUUCCGGAUAUUCAAGCUUUCCAGACAUAGUAAAGGCCUUCAGAUCCUCGGUCGUACGCUCAAGGCCUCCAUGAGGGAGCUCGGCUUGCUCAUCUUUUUCCUCUUCAUCGGUGUGGUGCUAUUCUCAUCGGCGGUAUACUUCGCGGAGGCCGGCUCCGAGAAUUCGUUCUUCAAGUCCAUUCCGGACGCGUUCUGGUGGGCCGUUGUCACGAUGACGACCGUGGGCUAUGGUGACAUGACGCCCGUCGGAGUUUGGGGAAAAAUUGUGGGCUCUCUGUGCGCGAUCGCUGGUGUGUUGACAAUCGCCCUGCCUGUCCCCGUCAUCGUCUCCAACUUCAACUACUUCUACCAUCGUGAGACUGACCAAGAAGAGAUGCAGUCGCAGAACUUCAAUCACGUGACCAGCUGCCCGUAUCUCCCUGGUCAACACUUGAAGAAGAGCUCGAUGUCGGAAUCGUCAUCGGAGAUAAUGGAGCUGGAAGAGGGCAUACUGAGCAGUAUCACUCAUUCCGAGGUUACGAAGAAGCCCAACUGCAACCCUCGCCAUAAUAACAAUAUUAAUCCAGCCUGUAUGAGCAUCGAGACUGACGUCUGACUACUAGUGAAGGAGACGGUGGCAACGUGGUGGCCAAUGCUGGAACGGUUAUCGAGAAACAGCUGCAGCUUGCUACGGUGCCUGACAUAGGCCUCCUUCACUCGUCGUCGUAGUCGCGUUAGCUGCGAGCGCUAGCGAUAGCGCGUGUACGCGUGCGCGCUGGCUGCUGAAUUGCAUGCGGCUGCGCAUGCGUGCACGUGCGCGUCAACCCGCCGUCUGUCCAUAGUCUGUCAAUACGAGGGGUGCUUCCAAUCCAUUACCACGUGUCAACGAGAGAUAAGAAAGGACGAGAAAUAACGGAGAAGUUCAACGACCAAGAAUCGGCUGAAUAAUACGGGUGUCACGUAAUUUCUUCCAUCGGCGCAGCGCGAAAACCGAUGAUACCCGUAGGCGGAACGGGAGAAAGAUAAGAGAGAAACGCGACAAGGCAAAGAGUUUAAACGAGUAUCUGCAGGCGUAACGAUGAAAGCCCGUGACAAGGAUGGAAAAGCGAUAAACGAGGAAACUGAUGGCGACAGUUUUGAGGAGGAACCGUGAAUGGAGAACGAGAAGACAGCCGUUUCGGAGGUGUUCACGAUACACACGCACCCCGCGUAGGGACCUACGUGCUAAUAAGGGGAUGGAGCAGGAUAUUUCAGUCGCGCGUCCACUCCCCACACCACCGACUCCAGUGUUCAAUACAAAUGGUAACCAAUAAAUAAAAAAUAACAAAUAAACGGUAUAAAUGGAACGAAGGGAAGAGAAUUAAGUCGCGGCGGCUUCGCGAAUUAAGGAAGAAAAAGAAAAAAACGGAAAAAAAAAGAAAAAAAAUACAUAAGAGAACGUGGUCGAGCCCUUGCCUCCUGCGAUGUUCGCGUACGCGCCAUGUCCGCAUGGCGGAUCUCAGGGGGAUCGGUCGGCAACGAAACCAAGGGAAUCGUACCAGAUAAUACUAAUUAAUUAUAUUAUCGAUGUAAUUAUAUCAAGUAUAACACUGCGCGAAAACGGACGAAGCCACGAUCGAGUGGAAGAGGAGAACAAGACAGAGGAGAGAAGAACGGAAGGAAAAUGGCGAUGGUGCUCGCGGUGAGAGGACAGACUUUUGAAGACGAUAUCGGUAGGUGGUUGCACGGCGAGUAGUUAAGCGAACAAAGUGUGUUUCACAGCGGAGAAAUGGUAUGUUUCACUGAGGACAAAUAUUCAAGGUACAGCGGCAUAUUAAGUCGCACGUACUUCGAUCCGAGAGACCGUUGGAAUGCAAUUCGUUUUUCGAAGCGUAACACUCUACUCGUACCUGCAUACGUAUAACAUACACGAACAUGCACGCGCGCGUGCACACACGCACACACACAUACACACACACGCAGAUAUAUACAUGUACGAAGUUAGUAAUGUGACCACAAGCCACGUUUGUACAAUUUCGAAGAAUAGGCGCGCGUUGCUCUCGUUCACCAUUAGGUAGCCGUCGAUUGUGCACGAUUUACGGGCUAAGAGUAACAACACACACACACACACACACACACAGAUAUCGCGGAAUAACUGCGCCAUAUGAAGAGAUUGGAACGGUGGGAUCGUUUCAAGUUUUACGCUACAUCGGUGGCCGCGCUUUCCAACGCGAUUACAUCAAAUUGUCGUAGCAUUUACAAUGGAAAGAUAGUUGCACCGAUGUUCCUGUAAAGCUUUUGCGGCGAACGAAUCGUUCAGUUUCGUGCACGUUCUAGAUACGCGCGAAUCGGAGAACGAGUCGACUAAAAAGCUCGGCGAACAAUUAUUUUCGUAUGGGCGAACGAGGGAUUCCGCUUUGUCGUAGGAUGUCGGUGACGCGACGAGUUUACGCAACCGAUAGCUCGAAAAUAUAGCGCUUGCACGAAGAAACGCGACUAGCAAUAGAUGGAAAAUUACGACGAAUGGCCGGAAACGUGUCUGCCGAUGGUGCGUAUUAUCGUGUCCAUGGUGGCGAUCUCGCGACGAGUGUCACCAACUGUGAAGGGACAGAGAGGGAAAGAAAGUGGAGUAGUAUCGAAAGCAGUAACACGCAGAGAUUCAGUUUUAGCGAGGCUAAUUCGCCAACAUUUUGUAAUCGAGUGACGAAUUCGAUUUUGUGCUCAGAUCAGGCGGCGGAGGAAAUUAAAACACAAGACAGAGACAGGAGAUAGUGGUAAUUGCGCGUUAACGGUUCGAUUAAAAAUUCCCGGGUUUACGUUUCUUUUUCUGUCGCGCACGCAGAUUUGUCGAUUCUCUCGUUUGCGUUCCGGCAAGCAAAUUCGCUAAGAUUCUUGCCCUUUCGAUCGAGCGCGCAGCUGUAAAACAUAGAAUUAUAGAACGGUGAUAAAGUGCGUCGUUACACGUAUAUCGAAUAGUUUCGAUGAAUGCCAAAUUGCAAAGCAGUAUUUCAAGUUAUCUUUACAAAUAUCGCUCCACUUACAAAACGAACAGACGAUCGAAAGGGACGAAGAACGACGAGUAACGAGAAUCUAAUCUCGACGAUCAAGAUUAUUUUCUCUUGCUGGCUUGUUUCGCCAAUUAUCUUGCAAUCACACGUGGGAAAAGUAUGAAGCGAUCGAGGGAUUAAAGGACAGUCGCUAGGAUAGGAAUGCGCAAAAGAGAGAGGGAGAGAAAUACAGCGGUGCGAGAGAAAUCGUACAAAUAGGAAGGAAAUAGCGGGGCGAAUCGGUGAAAAACGAAUUGAUAGGCCAGUCGGUGCUCGAUACGAAGCAACAACACUUUCCCUAUCUCUUCGCUGUCGUCUCGAUGUUUCGCCUCUUUCCCGGUGGAAAAAGCGCAUCACAAAAUCGCAAAGACUGCCAUUUCAUCAUUCUCGGUAAAAACGAAAUAAGAAGAAAAGAACAUCGCGUAACGAUAUCCACGAUUAUUUCGAGAACAUCGUCCAUGCUCGAACAUUUUUCGUUUAGAUCGACCCUUCCAACUGCCGCGUCGUACAACGGGCAGUAUCCUCGUGACCGAACGAUUCGAGAAACGGCCACAAUUGUUUUUGUAAGUCGCGAUAGAACCCGUUGAUUCGUCAGAAUCUAUCCGCGUGGAAAUCGUCGCGCGGAUGGAUACACUUACGUAAGUUCGCCGUUCAAGAAAACGCGACGUUUCGAUGCCAUUAGUAUCCGAUUAAACGAAAGGACGAAUCGAAAGGUUAAUUUCGACGAUUCCCUCUUUAGCGGCGAGUGGAUCGCGACGCGCAAUUUUCUCUCUACGUUAAAAAAAAUAAAAAAAAAAAAAAUAAAAACUCGGCUACCGUUGUACGUACCAGCUGACGGGGAUAUAUCGUUAAUUCUAAACCGAUAAACAAAGACAUUUCUUCGAGAAGUCGGAACGCGACCCACACUUAUCUCUACGAAUAAUCGACUACGAUGAAGCAGGAAGUCUGACGUUGCAACACAAAAGUGAACACAUUAGAUGUAAAUUAAAAGCUAAUUAAAAAGAAAAAAAAAAAAGGAAAGAAUAAUAUAUCGUAACGCGCGAUCUAUCAAAACAAAAUGAACAAGGUAAUAAGACACAAGUAAGCAAAGAAAAAAAAAAAAAAUAAAAAGCGAUUCCAUUACUCGAUUUAUUAGAUCUUAGAUGCGAGUUUUACCGAGGAAUAUCUCAUCUAUCUUUUAUUAGACGAAACGAGCAAAGGCUAGACGAAGCGAGACUUUCACGUUGUGUACGAAAGGGAGAAAGAGAGCGCGAGAAUGGACAUGAGAAAAUGAAAGUGUAAUUGCACGUGAGUUUUUAAGGGAAAAUCGAAGAGCGCGUCU